AUGCACCGAAUCUGCGAACAACGACAAUAUGAAACACUGAAAUCCGCCGUGAUUUCGCAUCUCUGCCUCUCUGAUAACCAGCGACUGACGAGUUUGCUUUCCGGAAUGAUUCUAGGUGACCAGAAGCCGAGUGUUCUUCUUUCGGAAAUGCGCCGCCUGGGUGGUGGCAGGUGUUCGGACAACGUUCUUUCCAACUUGUGGCUCCGUGCACUGCCAGUCACAGUGCGUUCCAUCAUCGCAGCGAUGCCAACCGCUCCAUUGAACGAACAAGCGAAAGUGGCCGACAAGAUUUUGGAAGUCCCGAGGAGUGAUCCGCCAUCCGUUCACUCCGUCGAACCGUCCGCAUUGGAACAACGCAUCGAGGCACUUUCUCGCCGUCUCGAUCAGGUGCUUGGUGGAAAAUCCCGCAGUCGUGAGCGGCCAACGUACCGAGAUCAAACCCGAUCUUCAAACCGUCGCUCACAAACGCCCUGCCGAUCAACAAGCUCCCGCCGAUGGAUAUGUUGGUUCCACUACCGACAUGGUGCCCAGGCUCAGAAGUGCGAGAAGCAGAGAGGAGACAACGCCAACGUGCCGUGUAUAUUCUACGACGCCUCCUUCGAACCAGCACAAGCCGAUGUAUCCAACAUCGAACUCAACAAGGACAUCUUGCGUAUCCAUGUGCACGAUCAGCAAUCAGCGCAACAGUUUCUCAUCGACACUGGUGCUGAUAUUUCCGUGCUACCACCGACACCACGAGAACAGCUUCACCCUUCACCGUCUCAUCGUCUCUACGCAGCAAAUGGCAGCCCCAUACAAACUUAUGGCACCAAGCGGUUGCAAUUGGACAUCGGACUCCGCCGACCAUUUGUGUGGAUUUUCACUAUCGCCGAUGUGAAAUCCCCGAUCAUUGGAGCUGAUUUUUUGAAGCACUUUGAUCUUCUGGUAGAUCUGAAACGCAACAAGCUGAUUGACAACCUCACCAACCUGCAAGUGAACAACAUUAACGCUGCCUCCGAGCCAACGAUAACCACAUUUGAUGUGAACUCGCCCUUCUCAGACAUCCUGAAGGAAUUCCAACCAUCCUGA